UUACGGUGUACCGUCUGAUUGUAUUCUUCAGCUUUGCAUUCCUGUCAACCAAAAGAACUACAAGUAAUGAACUCUACGGGAUAACAGAGAAAACAGAUCGAGACCUCCAAUGGGAAGCGUGGAAGUUCUGGCACGGAAAGACAUACUCGUCCAUGGGGGAGGAAAACUACAGAAGGAAAAUAUGGGAGACCAACCUGACCGCCAUCUUUACCCACAAUGCCGCGGGAAAGAGCUACAAAAUGGCGAUGAACAGUUUCGGUGACCAGGAGCAACUCUACCCCAAAGAAAAGCUGAGAUACCCUACCUAUCGAGUUGACGCUGAGUCAGCCAGCCUGCACCACGCGGUUGCCAUGGAGAUGACCCAGCCUGCACCCUCCCUGGAUUGGCGGGAAAAAGGAGUGGUUACGCCUGUGAAGGACCAAGGCAUGCUGGGAAAGGUCAUGGCUUACGCCAUUACAGAAUCACUGGAAUCCUUCCACGCUAUCCAGACCGGUAACCUGAUACCACUUAGUGCCCAGGAAGUGGCGGAUUGUUGCCCGGAUGUUGACUUUGCCAUUGGUUAUGACUGUAUCAUCAACAAGACAAAAGGGCUAUGCAGUGCUGCGGACUACCCGACUCAACCACCGGGCCAGUGCAACGCACAUUUGUGCAGUGCAGUUGCAACGUGUAAAAACACGAUACACGUCUUACCUGACCACGAGAAAGUCGACAUGGUUCACGCUGUCAACACUACCCCCGUAGUUGUAAUAGUAGACGCCAGCCUAUCGUCAUUCCUGAUGUACACCAGUGGAAUCUACGAUGACCCUGACUGUUCCGCUUCCCAGCUGGAUCACGCUCUUGUACUUGUCGGCUACGGUAGUUCUGAAGGAAAAGACUACUGGAUUUGUCGUAAUUCUUGGGGCCCAGCUUGGGGUGAAGACGGCUAUAUCCGGAUUGUACGGGGAAAGAACAUGUGUGGGAUUGCUGCAAGGGCUUUCUAUCCCGCAUGAGGGAGCUACUACGCACGGAGACUACUACUAACUAUACAUUAUUUCCUAAAAUACGAGUGAUAUUUGCAUAGCUCUUGUUGUUUUUAUAAGAAAUGCUAGAAAAAUGUUACAAAGAUGAAACAAAGCAAUGCCAUUGCCUUUAAUUUCAUGAAUAUCAGUGUCAUUUCGGCAACUUUAAAUAGAAUAAAAUAUCUGAUUACAAAA